CAUUAACCUGCCACUUCCCACGGGGGUCUCAGCGCAGAGGACACCAUGGCCACGGCGAACGACAGGGCUGUCCUGCAGACCAUCUUUAACCCCAGCACCCCUUUUGGCGACAUCCCUGGGCUGGAUGAUGAGGAGGAGAAUGCCCAGGAGGAAGGGUGUCCUGAUGCCAGGGGCCCUCUCUGUGCUGCCGCAGUGGAAGCCUUUCCUCCAGAGCUUCUGGAGCAGGUCCGAGACCUGGAGCUGCAGGGGGUUUCUGCUGCGGAGUCAGGAGACCUGAACACGGCGCUGCAGCGGUUCGGUGAGGCCAUCCACCUGCUGCCCGAGCGUGCCUCAGGAUACAACAACCGGGCCCAGGCCCUGCGGCUGCGGGGGGACGUGGCAGGCGCCCUGCGGGACCUGGACACGGCGAUCCGCCUGAGCCGAGGCCGUGGCCAAGCUGCCUGCCAGAGCCUGGUGCAGCGUGGCCUGAUCCAUCGGCUGCAGGAGCGUGAGGAGGAGGCGCGGCAGGACUUCGAGCGAGCCGCGCGCCUGGGCAGCACCUUCGCCCGGCGCCAACUCGUGCUGCUCAACCCCUACGCGGCCCUUUGCAACCAGAUGCUCUGCGAGAUGCUGGGGCGGCUGCGCAACCCAGAUGGCUCUGGGAGUGAAUGAGGAGGGCAAGGCAGGGCCAUGCUCUUGGGGUAGCCCAGGUGGACCACUGGAGAAGGUCGGUCUUCCGUGCCGGAGAUCCCGUGCCUCCUAGGGAUGGGAAGUAUGGAAGUGCCUGGUUUUGUGUCGGCUCUGCUCCACCCCCAAUAAACCUCCCUGUGUCCCCAGCA